CCUCUGACACCAAUCUCUGCAGCCACGCCUUAUCCGCCUCGUUCUCCCCAACUUUCUCGCCUCCCUGCUCGCUCUCUCUGAAUCUGCUUUCUCCCCCUUCAGUUCAGACCCUGCUGAACUGAGCUUCAAAUUUCACUGCCUUCAGGUCAGUUGGAUAUUUUCCUUCCGCAGAAAUUCCAGCAUUCAGCAGCUUUUUGCGUUAAGGUGGUCGUCCGCCGCAGCGGCCGUUUCGUCCUGAACUGCAUCGUCGAUCCCAAUGGCUGUGUCCAGGAUGGCUCUCUCCCUGGCGAGCUGCUCGCGUGUCGCCGCGUGGGCCGCCCAGUCCGCGCUCAGGGCGCCGGCCCCCGCGCUGGGGUCCCUGCAGAUAGCGGCCAUUGCGCCGCUAAAGGCGGCGGGAUUCAGCGGCCAUCAGAUGGUGCAGCGACCCACGUGGUCCCUCACGAGGUCGUUCCACCGCAGCCACGUGGUGUGCGCGGAGCUCGCCCGCUCCCUGAGCCGCUCGCCGUCCGGCAACUUCGAGACGCUCGAGUACCGCCUCUUCUUCCAGAACGACCAGGGCGAAACCCUGUCCCCGUGGCACGACAUCCCCCUGCGUGCGGGCGACGGGCUCUUCAACUUCAUCUGCGAGAUCCCCAAGGACACGAGCGCCAAGAUGGAGGUGGCCACGGACGAGCCCGGCACGCCCAUCAAGCAGGACGUCAAGAAGGGCAAGAUCCGAUACUACCCGUACAACAUCCACUGGAACUACGGCAUGCUGCCGCAGACGUGGGAGGACCCCUCGCACGCCAACCCCGAGGUGGACAACACCAUGGGCGACAACGACCCCGUCGAUGUGGUGGAGAUCGGUGAGAAGCAGGCAGACCUGGGGGAGGUGUACGCAGUGAAGCCGCUGGCCGUGCUGGCGAUGAUCGACGAUGGCGAGCUGGACUGGAAGGUCAUCUGCAUCCGCGCCGAUGAUCCCAAGGCGGACCUCGUCAACGAUGUGGACGACGUCGAGAAAGAGUUCCCGGGCACGUUGACGGCGGUGCGUGACUGGUUCCGGGACUACAAGCUGCCGGACGGCAAGCCGCCCAACAAGUUUGGGCUGGGGGACAAGGCGGCAGACAAGGCCACGGCGCUGCGUGUGAUUGAGGAGACCAACGAGUUCUGGUCAAAGCUCGUCAAGCGCGUCACCCCCAGACGCGGACUUUCGCUGCACUGAAUCACUGAUGUAACUGGAGUGUAUUUUGAGUGGUUUUGGCAAGGAUGCUGUGUUUCGUGCUCGUCCAUGUGCCAUCCUCUGAAUGUGUAUAUGGAUGCUGGUGUGAGGGAUGUGCUUCAGAGUUCUUUAAGUGCCAAGGGAAUUCACUAGAAGACAAGGCGGCAGACCAAUGAGCUCUGGCUGAAACUUGUGAAGCGUGUGCCUCGCGAAGCAUUAUACUGCUGAUGAGGGUUUGUUUGGCGCACAUUAAUCUGACAAUUGAUUCACUUGGGUAGAGAGCUUUGGCACAUCA